AUGGUGCUGCUAGCAAAGGAUGCGAGUGUUGCCGCAAGCGAAAAGUCAAGGAUCAUCAGAAACGCUACUCGAUGCGUCCCGAACGUUGCCAGUGGUCAGCCGGCCACAAUCGAUGUGCCUGACCCAAUAUCAACGGCGAGCUCUACGACCAGUGGAUUCACCCACAACUUGAGCUUGUCCAUCAGCCCUUCACAACCCCUGGAAGAGAUAGGAGCCAACUUCUUCUUUACCAAAUAUGGAUUUGAGCUUCCGCCAACGUUCGCAGGUCACACGACUUGGCUCUCACAGACAUACUUCAGUGGCCAUCAUGUUCUCCGACCGACCAUCGAAGCAGUCGGAAUGGCUGGGCUCUCAAACAUCAGAGACGAGCCAUCGAUAAUGUCACUGGCCAAACGACGAUCCCAAGAGGCUGUAAUCGCCACCAAAAAAGCGUUGAACGAUCCUGUUGAAGGCCUGGCAGAUGAGACGUUUAUGGCAGUGAUAUUGCUCGCUUUCUUCGAGUUCAUUAGCUUCGAGGACUGGACUCGCUAUGGGUACUGGCUGGAACAUAUCAAGGCCGCCACCGCCCUUCUUGAGCUGCGAGGUCCUAAACAAUUCACGCGAGUGCGAGGCGCCCAGCUGCUUGUUCAGGUACGCUCGCCGAUUCUCGCCGCGUGUCUGCAACAGCGCUUAGUUGCACCGCCCGCAAUUGUGCAGGCGACUUGGCAAUUUGAAACCGCACCCAUCCGGGACUCGCUGAAGUCUCGAUACAUUGCCAGCCCAGCCUCAAUCAGCGAGAUCUCGUUGAGGCUGGUAAACCUCCGAGCAGCUGCCAAGAACCUUCACAAGGACAUCGAAAGCGUUCGUAGGGCGGCGCUAGUGAUCGACAAUGACUUGAAAGCAUGGCGUGAGGUGGUGUCACCAGCCUGGCUGUAUCAAACGGUUGAAAGUUCUACAGCUGACGACACGUUUGGCGGAAAGAAACAGGUCUACAAUAUUCCCUGGGUUGCAGAGGUUUGGAACAACUGGCGUGCGUUGCGAAUCGCUGUGUACCAGGUUGUUCUGCUUGGCGAGAACAUUCACACUCCGGGAAUGGACAAGGUGAACGAUGCUGCAGUGGAAGUCAUACGACAAAUGUCCGAGGAGAUUUGCAUCUCGGUCUCCGCAUUCACCGAAAAUCGUUAG